CCGCUCCGCGGGGCUAGAGGGGCGGCGGGCAGCUAGCCGAGGGUGGCGUCCCGCUACGUUAUCGGCGCCGGGACUGACCCCGCACCCCCGAAGAGGUCGACCACUGAGGCGGAGCGGGGUUUUUUACCCGCCGCCGCCCGCGGAACUCUCCCCGGACGCCUCAGAUUUCCGCGGGAUCUGGAGCCCGAGGGGCGCCCUCGGCCCUGCCCCCAGUCUGCUCGCCCUCAGCCUGCGGGUCAGCGGCCGCCUGGACCUCGCCAGGCGUGGCGGGCUGGCCGGCACCCCGCGUGGGGGACUGCCCCUCGCCCCGAUGACCCGGCGGGAGGAGUUGCGUGGGUGCCGCUGGCUGGAGCUGCGGCGGCGUCUCGGCUUGGCCAGCGCGGCAGGAGCCGCGGUCACUGAAGUUUGCUGCGCGCGCGUGGCGGGACCGUGUGUGUGUCAGGUAUUUGGCUUCUUAACAGUCUGAGCAAGAAAGAAGUGGAAUACACUCUUGGAAAGAAAACUGAUAUUAAGAAAACCAGAGCUUAAUUUUACAUGGUUGUCAGCUCAUUUACCAAUAUGGACACUUUUCCCACCAAUUUUCCGCCAGGUGGAGACAGUGGUCUAACAAACUCUCAAUCUGAGCUCCAAAAAAUGUUAAUUGAUGAGAGAUUAAGAUGUGAACAUCAUAAAACUAAUUAUCAGACUCUGAAAGCUGAACAUACAAGGUUACAGGAUGAGUACAUAAAAUCACAAAAUGAACUCAAGCACCUAUUAAAUGAAAAGCAAACUAACCAGGAAAAAUUUCAGCUGCUGCUUGAAGAAUUAAGAGGGGAAUUAGUAGAGAAAACUAAAGACUUAGAAGAAAUGAAGUUGCAGGUAUUAACACCACAAAAACUGGAAUCGUUAAGAGUUCAGAUACAACAAGAAUUAGAAGCUCCAAUGAGAGAGCAUUUUAGAAAUUUAGAUGAGGAAGUGGAAAAGUAUAGAGCUGGGUAUAAUCAGCUUCGUUAUGAACAUACAUUUCUUAAGUCAGAAUUUGAACACCAGAAAAAAGAAUUUGCACAUAUUUUAGAAGAAGAAAAAAUAAAAUAUGAAUCAGAGAUUGCAAGACUGGAGAAAGAUAAAGAAGAACUACAUAACCAGCUCCUUAGUGUUGAUUCCACAAAAGACAGCAAACGAUUGGAACAACUUGCACGAGAAAAAGCCCAUUUGUGUCAGAAACUAAAAGGCUUAGAGACCGAAGUAGUAGAAUUAAGGGCUGAAAAAGAGAAUUCUGAUGCUCAGGUAGAAAAUGUCCAAAGAAUUCAGGUGCGGCAGUUGGCUGAGAUGCAGGCUACAGUAAGAUCCCUGGAGGCAGAAAAACAGUCAGCUAAACUACAGGCUGAACACAUGGAAAAAGAGCUACAAUCAAGCAAUGAACAGAAUACCGUUUUAAUCAGUAAACUGCAUAAAGCUGAACAAGAAAUAAAUACGCUGACCAGUAAUGUAAAAGAACUGAAGCAUUCAAACAAACUAGAAAUAACAGACAUCAAACUGGAGGCAGCAAGAGCCAAGAGUGAGCUAGAAAGAGAAAAAAAUAAGAUUCAAAGUGAACUGGAUGGGUUACAGACAGACAACGAGAUUCUCAAGUCAACUGUUGAACACCACAAAGUGCUUCUAGUAGAAAAGGAUCGUGAAUUAAUACGUAAGGUACAAGCUGCCAAAGAAGAAGGUUAUCAAAAACUUGUGGUAUUACAAGAUGAAAAGCUAGAACUUGAGACCAGAUUAGCAGAGCUAGAGAAAAUGAAAUUGGAAAAUGACGUCUGGAGGCAAUCUGAAAAGGAUCAGUGUGAAGAGAAGUUGCGGGCUUCCCAGAUGGCAGAAGAGUCAGCCAGAAGGGAGCUUCAGAGUAUUAGGUUAAAACUUCAACAACAAAUUGUGAAUACUGAAAAUGCAGAAAAAGAAAGAAUUGAAAAUUCUGACCUGAAACAGCAAAUCAGUAGUUUACAGAUCCAAGUGACCUCUCUUGGACAGUCAGAGAAUGAAUUGCUGAAUUCAAACCAAAUGCUGAAGGAAAUGAUGGAGAGGUUGAAACAAGAAUGCCGAAAUUUAAGAAGCCAAGCUGAAAAAUCACAACUAGAAGUUGAAAAGACACUGGAAGAGAAACAGAUACAGUGGUUGGAAGAAAAACAUAAGCUACAAGAACGUAUCACAGACAGAGAAGAAAAGUAUAAUCAAGCUAAAGAGAAAUUGCAGCGAGCUGCGAUUGCCCAGAAAAAGAGGAAAUCUCUCCAUGAAAACAAGUUGAAGAGACUGCAGGAGAAAGUAGAAAUCUUAGAGGCAAAGAGAGAAGAAUUAGAAACGGAAAAUCAGGUGUUAAAUCGACAAAAUGUUCCAUUUGAAGAAUAUACAAGACUGCAAAAAAGGCUAAAGGAUAUACAGAGAAGACAUAAUGAGUUUCGAAGUUUAAUUUUAGUUCCUAACAUACCUCCAGUGGCAUCCAUCAACUCUGUUAACUUCCAGUCAUCAACCAUGGUUCCAGGCAUGGACCUGUCCUUUCCACCUCAUAUGCAGGAGGAACAGCAUCAAAGGGAACUUUCGCUACUUCGUAAAAGAUUAGAAGAACUAGAAACAACACAAAGAAAACAACUAGAGGAACUUGGAUCUCCUGGGGAAUGAUGUUCUUGAAGAAAAGGCAGAUCAGAGGGAUGAAAUCAGUGACUCAGUAAAGCUUGAAGUUUUAAUGUACGUGGCAUUUAGAUACUUUAUUACAGUUUGCCAAAACAUUCUGAUGUGCCUCAAGAAAAGGUAGCAGCUAAAUGCUGUAUUGCAUGAAGGUGGGAUUUUAGGAUUCUACCAAUGAUAAGCAAGCUUUAAAACCGUUUCAGAAAUACUUAAAAUAGUGACAACCGUUUUGAGAAAGUAAAGUAAGUGAAUAAAACAACCAGGUAUGGAAUCAAGGUUUCAAUUUUCUUUUUG